AUGUGUAAACUUAAAUGGCUGCAAAAGAUAGUUAAUUGCUGUCCAUAUCUUCAAUAUUUGCUGGAUGCACAAAGUACAACAAAGUUUAAUAUUACUGAUGAAGAAAUAACAAUUGAAAGUCAAACUAAUCAUACAGAUGACAUUAUUGAGGUUGUCGAGAAUCCUACAUGCAUCAAUUUAGAAAUAUCAAUUAUGAAAUUUUUUUCAGAAUUAUCUGCAAAAGCUAACAUUACUUUGUGUAACUCACAAAUUAUAAUGGAAAAUAUGAUUGGAGUUAUUAAUGACAUAUCACUUUUUGGUUCACAACUACUUAAAGAUCUGAUAAUCCCGUUAAAUUUAGCGCAGGAUAAUACAAUUAUCAAUGAAGCUUUAAUGAAAAUGCUAAACAUUAGUAAUAUAACAAAUAACAUUGAUACAAUUUAUAAAAGAGAGAAGUGGUUAGUGGAUAAUGGUUUUUUUAUAAAACCAAUAGAAAUACCUCUUGGCGUGCGAUUAGAACAAAGAUUUUCAGCUGGUCUAAAGUCAAUGCAUUCUGUAACUGUAGAAGAUAAAUGCUAUUUUGUUCCAAUUGAUCAGAUUCUUGCCAAGAUUAUGGAGUCUGUUAUCGAAAAAAUUAUUUUUCCAGUGUGCAGUCCUAGUUCGAUUCCAACAAGAGUUAGAGAUUUCUUUGACACACGCAGAUUUCACAAUCAUCCUUUUCUCCAAAAAUUUCCAAAAACGUUUUUACUACAUUUUUUUAUUGAUGCAUUUGAAGUCACAAAUGUGUUAGGAAGUCACACGAUUGUCCAUAAACUUGAGGCUUUAUACAUGCAAGUUCGAAAUGUUUUGCCAGAAUAUCAGUCUAAGACAGACAGCAUUUAUUUGAUUGGACUGUGGUAUGCUUUAGAUGCACAUAUUACAAGCUACUCGUAUGACAAUGUUUUAAAAAAUGUUUUGUGUCAGCUUCAAGAAUUAGAAAGAGCACAUUCUUUAUUUGGUUUUAUGGAAAGUUUUCGUGCAACAUAUUUUUGUCGUUUUUGUAAAUGUACUCAAACUGAAUUGCAAGAAACCUUUAGGUCAAUAGCUUUUGAAAAGCGAACAAAAGCUGACUACAAUCGGUGUAUAGUUGAAUCUCAACCAACUGAUUAUGAUCCUUCUAAAACUGGCAUAAAACAUGGUUGUUCUUUUAACUGUCUCAACUGGUUUCACUGUGUAGAACAAAGUGCUGUUGAUUACAAAAAUAGCAAACCACCAGAAAUAAAUCUUCAAAAUAUACGCAUUCAAGCUGCUGAAUCAUGGUGCCUAAUACGGAAUUUGCCUCUCAUGAUCGGAAAAUAUAUUCCAGAUGAAGAACCCCACUGGAAACUUUUAAUUCUGUUAUUACGUUGUUUAGAUAUUAUUUUUGCUCCAGCAAUUACAGAUGGUCUUAUUACUCAGCUUGAAUUUUUAAUUGAAGAGCAUCAUUGCUACUUUAAAUCAGUUUACCCAGAAAACAGGUUAAUCCCAAAGCAUCACUUUAUGCUGUAUUAUCCAGAGUGUAUGGCUAAGUUUGGACCUUUGAGUAGAUAUUGGUGUAUGCGAUUUGAGGCAAAACAUUGUUUUGCUAAAGAACUUUCUUCAGUUAUAUGUAACUUUAAAAACAUCUGUUACUCUGUCAUGCAUCGAUACCAAUUAAAACUUGCUAAUUGCUUAUUUAGUCGGUCAUUAUAUUCAGAUAUUAAACAGCUGGGUAAAUGUGAUAAAGUUAUUAUUGGAAAUUUGCAUGUGGAAAUCGGAAGCAUCAUAUGUGAAUCAUUAAACUUGAAUAUAUUUGAUGAAGUUUAUGUUUCUUGUUCGAUUACUUUUGGAUCAUAUCUAAUCAAAUUAGGUUGCAUUUUGUGUCAUGAUGUAGUAGAAGGUUAUCCACAAUUUGGAGAGCUGCUCUGUAUUGUUUAUAUUGCACCUAAAUCUUUUUUGGUGCUGAAUCCACUAGAAACAAUAAAUUUUAAUGAGCAUUUUUAUGCUUAUGUGGUACAAAGAAAUGAAAUUUUGUGUAAAAAUAUUGUUAUCAAUGCAGAUAGUUGUAAAGAUUAUCAUCCUUAUAACAUUACUAACUUAUGUGACCAAAUGUUUAUCGGCACACGUUACAGAAUUUUUUAA